CUAAAGCAUGGCUAAAGAGCAGACGAUUUAUGAAAACGUGGUUCAUUUCAAGUUGUCAAAGUUGCAAGAAUUAAUUCUUGUGUUGACAUUUACCGAGUUCGCUCUUUACAUUUGUUCUAAAUCAAGAAAUUGUUUGUAUAGGUUUCUGUAAUAAUAUUCUAAUAAUGGGUAAAAAAGAUAAAUCUAAAAAAGGUAAAGGAGCUGAGAAAACGAUUGCAAAAACUUUAAAGAAACAAACCACCAAGUUAAAAAAAGAAUUAGCUGCUAAAGGAGAGGAAGACUUGGAGCAAGUUAUAAAGGAACUUGAAGAAGCAGAUCGAAAGAAAAAUGCUAUUGUUGAAGAUUUGCUUAAAGAUGGGCCUAGUCGCAGAGCAAAUUUUUCUUUAAAUGCUCAUUUUGAAAAAGAUGAAAUUGUCAUGUUCGGAGGAGAAUAUUUCAAUGGACAAAAGACCUUUGUUUAUGGUGAUCUAGUUCUUUAUAACUUAAAGAAGAAAACAUGGUUGAAGAUACAAGCUCCAGGAGCUGCACCACCACGCUGUGCCCAUCAGGCAGUUUUGACAGCAGGGGAAGGAGGGCAGUUGUGGAUAUUUGGAGGAGAAUAUGCUUCUCCUUCACAGUCCCAAUUCUACCAUUAUAAAGACUUGUGGGUCUUUUAUUUAAAAACCAAGAAAUGGGAAAAAAUAAACGCUACACUUGGUCCUUCAUCAAGAAGUGGUCAUCGUAUGGUUUUAUGUAAAAAAAAUUUGGUUGUCUUUGGUGGUUAUCACGACAACGGAUUGGAUUAUAAAUAUUAUAAUGAUGUUCAUUUGUUCGAUCUGGAGAGCAGAACAUGGCGCAAGAUUGAACCAUCUGGUACGGCCCCGUCACCGAGAUCUGGUUGCCAAAUGGUCACCUUGCCCGAUGGCCGCAUUCUCAUAACAGGGGGAUACAGCAAAAAUAAAGUGAAGAAAGAUGUUGACAAGGGCAUUAUUCACAGUGAUGCCUUCCUCCUGUUUCCUGAUAAGCAUGACACCAAUGGAACAAAGUGGAAAUGGCAGUCCGUUAAGCUUACUGGAACUAAGCCUUCCCCUCGCACUGGAAUGAGUGUGGUGGCGAACACCAUAGGUAAUCGCGCAUACUUCUUCGGUGGUGUGCACGAUGAAGAAGAAGAUGAAGAAAACAUUUCUGGUUCUUUUUUUAAUGACUUAUAUUGCCUGGACCUAGAAAAACUAAAUUUCAACCGAAUUAUCUUAGACGGCGUUAAGGCUAAAAAAGAAGCAAGCGAAACAGAGGAGUCGACAUCGGCCAUGCCACAGGAAGCGGAACAAGCUGAACCAUCGGAACGUGUUGAACAACCAAUAGUUCACGAUGACGGAAUUUUUACUCUCACUAUUGGACCUUCCUCGACCACUAAUGCUGAAAGUGCCAUUGCUGGAGCAUCUGGAACCACUGCAGUCAAUGUAACAAUGCCUUCGCCUCGCAUGGGUUCAGGACUUUGCGUCAAGCAUGGCCUAUUGUAUCUCUAUGGUGGAAUCGUCGAGGAUGGUGACAAACAGUAUACGUUAAACGACAUGUUUGCACUUGAUCUACAUAAAGGAGUCGAAUGGGAUGAAUUAAUUCACGACGAGCAGGCUAAAUCUGAAUGGAUUGAUUCUGAUUCGGAAUCAUCAGGCAUGGAUAGUGAUGGAUCUUCUGACUCGAACGACGAUGAUGAGGAAGAAUCAGACGAAGCGAUGGAGGAAAAUUAAAUGUGUCUAGCAAUGUGAAAAUCGAUUUUUACGUUUUCGCUGCUACAAUCCUGUUAUCACACGUCUAAAAACUGUCUCAAUAAAUGUUAAGAAAACUGUU